GAUUCGACCUUGUCGAAUAAGCGGCGCUGUUUACGAAUAUCAUUUUUGGUCUUAGAUUCUCAAUCAUAUAGAAACGAAUCUAGAACCAUAUAUCAGGUUCCCUUUUGGUUUCCCCAGAUUAUUGAACUGGCUCAGUAGGUUUCCGAACUAAAGUCUCACUUAUCACCGGUUUAGGGACCCUUUAUAUGCCGAAGAAACUUGGGACAUGUCCAAAAGCAUUAGAGGCUCGGGAACGCCGAGCCGAAAAGAAGCGAGAGGAGCGAGAAACCACGCUGAAAAAGGCUGAGGACGAGUACUGGAAAGACGACGAUAAGCAUUUAAGUAAGAAACAGCAGCGAAAAGAAGAAAAAGACUCGAAGCGUCAAGAGUUAAUGGAGAGGAAAAAAGAAAAGGAGAAGCUAUAUAAUGAGGAAAUCGCGGGUUUCAAGUCUUCUAAAUCUACCAUGUCCAAGGAGCAACCGUCAAAACUUACCCAAGCCCAAAUUGCUGAAGCCCAAAAAAGACUAGAGGCUCAGUUACUGGCUUUAAAUCAAACCUCUCAGAAAUCUGAGCCCACUGAAUUGGCUCCAAAUCCAAACCGAAUUGAGAAAGAUGGUUUAGAAGCUCGUACUGUUGAAGAGGCUAUCUCCAUACUGAGUGUUAACAAUGAAGGUGAUGGUGAUCGACAUCCAGAGAAGCGUUUAAAAGCUGCUUAUCAAGCAUUUGAAGAACGUAUGAUGCCACAAUUGAAAGCUGAAAAUCCAAGCAUGCGGCAUUCACAGCUCAAACAGUUAAUAUUUAAAAUGUUUCAGACAUCACCAGAAAAUCCUAAAAACCAACAGAGUACAUGCUACAAUUCUAAAUAAGUUAAUGCAUAAAACUGUACUAUAUCUUUUCUUCAAGUAGUUAUUUCGAGUUUGUGAUCAGCACUUAAAAUUGAUAUACUAUCUAAAAACCCAGAAUUACUUUACAAUGUAUAAUGUAUUUAAAUUAUUAUUAAUGCUGAUUAAUCUGUGUUUGUAUGUGUACGUGUAAGCUUGUGUAACUUUAAAAGUGUCAGUAUUUGGUUAUUUCUUGUAUUAUAAUUUGAUAUAUAAAUGAAACUAAGCAUGUGCGUUCUAGUGGUUUUGUGUAAUGUUUCACAUGAUAGCAACUAAAUUAGGGAAACCAAA